UUUCACUUUAGGGUUUCUUUCUUGUCUUCCUUUCAUUCCCAAACCCAAAUCCCCAAUCAACCAACUUCCCUGAAACCCCCCAAAAAAGGUGUUUUUUUUUUUUUAAAUUCUCUCCGUCGUCUUUGAUGCUACCAGCUCAAUUACUGCGUUGUUGUGUUUCUAUGGUGGUUGUUUGAUUAUUUGAAAGCGAUGGUUCCGAGAUCAGCUGAGCUUCGAAAAGUUUCACUUCGACGAUGAUGAAGAUCGGCGGUGGAGUGGAGUGGUCUCGUUUCAGCUCCUUCUGAAUCCCUGAGGGUUCGGAGGGAACACUCUGUUUUCCGAGCUCUUCACCUCAAUCCAAUCGGCAGUAUCAUCUCUUUCUUCAAGCUGUCUCUGGAUUUUCGAUUUUCCUUCAGGAGAGGUUGUGGUGGAUGAUUCCGGGAUUCAGAUCGUCGCUGUUUUCUUCAUAAGUUUUCUUCCAAGUCACUGAUCUCCGGAAAAAAAAUGUAUACUUAGUUACUUACUCAUUGAAAGAUCAUUUAUUGGAAGCUGUAUAUAGAAGAAGGUGGGUAAAGCUUGCUUCUUUGUUGUGAGUUGGAAGUGUUAACAAAGUUUGGUGUGGUGGGGGGUGGUGUUUUGUGAAGACACUGUUGAAUUUGUUGUUGUUGUUGUUUGUGAGUUGUGAGGGUAGUUAGGUAGCGAUGUCAAUGUCCUGCAAGGAUGGUAAACCAGGAUUGGAUAACGGCAAGUAUGUCCGUUACACACCUGAGCAGGUUGAGGCCCUCGAGAGGCUCUACCAUGACUGCCCCAAACCCAGCUCCAUUCGCCGCCAGCAGCUCAUCCGCGAGUGCCCCAUUCUCUCCAACAUUGAGCCCAAGCAAAUCAAAGUUUGGUUCCAGAACAGAAGAUGUAGGGAGAAGCAGAGGAAAGAGGCUUUGCGACUUCAGGCUGUGAAUAGGAAACUGACAGCCAUGAACAAGCUGCUGAUGGAGGAGAAUGAUAGGUUGCAGAAGCAGGUUUCUCAGUUGGUGUAUGAAAAUGGCUACUUUCGUCAGCAUACCCAAAAUACUUCUCUGCCAACCAAAGACACAAGCUGUGAAUCCGCCGUGACUAGUGGUCAACGCAGCUUGACAAAUCAGCAUCCCCCAAGGGAUGCAAGUCCUGCAGGGCUUUUGUCCAUUGCAGAAGAGACUUUAGCAGAGUUUCUUUCAAAGGCUACUGGAACUGCUGUUGAGUGGGUCCAAAUGCCUGGAAUGAAGCCUGGUCCGGAUUCCAUUGGAAUCGUUGCUAUUUCUCAUGGUUGCACUGGUGUGGCAGCACGAGCCUGCGGCCUGGUGGGUCUAGAACCCACAAGGGUUGCAGAAAUACUCAAAGAUCGACCUUCAUGGUUCCGUGAUUGCCGAGCUGUUGAUGUGCUGAAUGUGCUGCCCACAGCAAAUGGUGGAACCAUUGAGCUGCUUUAUAUGCAGCUAUAUGCGCCAACCACGUUGGCACCUGCUCGCGACUUCUGGUUGCUGCGCUACACAUCUGUGUUGGAAGAUGGAAGCUUAGUGAUCUGUGAGAGGUCUCUUAAGAAUACACAAAAUGGUCCAACCAUGCCUCCUGUGCAGCAUUUUGUUAGAGCAGAGAUGUUGCCUAGUGGGUACCUGAUAAGACCUUGUGAAGGAGGUGGCUCCAUCAUUCAUAUUGUUGAUCAUAUGGAUUUGGAGCCUUGGAGUGUUCCUGAAGUAUUGCGUCCACUGUACGAAUCAUCAACGGUGCUGGCUCAGAAGACGACAAUGGCGGCCCUACGUCAGCUAAGGCAGAUUUCACAUGAAGUUUCUCAGUCUAAUGUCACUGGGUGGGGCAGACGACCAGCCGCUCUUCGAGCACUUGGCCAGAGACUGAGCCGGGGUUUCAAUGAGGCACUCAAUGGAUUUACUGAUGAGGGAUGGUCAACGAUUGGUAAUGAUGGUGUUGACGAUGUUACAAUUCUAGUGAAUUCAUCACCUGACAAGUUGAUGGGUCUGAAUCUUUCCUUUGCCAAUGGAUUUCCUUCUGUCAGUAAUGCAGUUUUAUGUGCCAAAGCUUCAAUGCUGUUACAGAAUGUGCCUCCAGCCAUUCUUCUAAGGUUCCUGCGGGAGCACAGGUCAGAAUGGGCAGACAAUAACAUGGAUGCGUACUCAGCUGCUGCCAUUAAAGUUGGUCCUUGCAGCUUAUCAGGAUCUCGCGUAGGAAAUUAUGGGGGUCAAGUUAUUCUUCCUCUAGCCCACACUAUUGAGCAUGAGGAGUUUCUGGAAGUGAUUAAAUUGGAAGGAAUUGCUCAUUCUCCUGAAGAAGCAAUGAUGCCCAGAGAAGUCUUUCUUCUGCAACUAUGUAGUGGAAUGGAUGAGAAUGCUGUUGGAACCUGUGCUGAACUUAUUUUUGCUCCAAUUGAUGCAUCCUUCGCUGAUGAUGCCCCCCUUCUGCCUUCAGGAUUUCGCAUCAUUCCUCUUGAUUCUGGAAAGGAAGCAUCCAAUCCAAAUCGUACCCUUGACCUUGCAUCUGCCCUGGAUAUUGGCCCCACUGGAAACAGAGCUUCGAAUGAAACUUCUGGAAAUUCUGGCUCUGUGAGAUCUGUGAUGACAAUAGCAUUUGAAUUUGCAUUUGAAAGCCAUAUGCAAGAGCAUGUAGCUUCCAUGGCACGCCAGUAUGUUCGCAGCAUUAUAUCAUCAGUCCAAAGGGUAGCAUUAGCGCUUUCACCUUCUCAUUUGAGUUCACAAGCUGGGCUUAGGACACCAUUAGGCACUCCUGAAGCACAAACUCUUGCUCGCUGGAUCUGCAAUAGCUACAGGUGCUACUUGGGUGUUGAGCUACUUAAAUCGAAUAAUGAGGGGAACGAAUCUCUUCUCAAGUCAUUGUGGCAUCACUCGGAUGCACUAUUGUGCUGCACUCUAAAGGCAUUGCCAGUGUUUACUUUUGCAAACCAAGCAGGGCUUGACAUGCUGGAGACUACCUUAGUUGCACUGCAGGAUAUAACUCUAGAGAAGAUAUUUGAUGAUCAUGGCAGAAAGAUUCUCUGCUCAGAGUUUCCCCAAAUCAUUCAACAGGGCUUUGCAUGCCUUCAAGGUGGUAUAUGUCUUUCAAGUAUGGGGCGACCAAUCUCUUAUGAAAGAGUAGUGGCUUGGAAGGUGCUGAAUGAAGAGGAGAAUGCACAUUGUAUUUGCUUUAUGUUUAUGAACUGGUCUUUUGUUUAAACAUUAUGUGUUUUAAGUCUAGGAACCGCAAGUGUCCAACACCAACUCUUUUUAAGACAUAUUUUGUUGGCUGCUGUUGUUUUAAUUUCCUAUAUUUGAUGCCUAAGACUUGGAUUGCCUGUAAAACCUACUUUAUGUGUUAACCUAUGUUAUGUUUAUUAAUGUCUGAUUCCCAGUCUAUUAU